GAGGGCUGGUAUAUUUGUGCCUGCUGGAGGUGGAAUUAACAGUAAGAAGGAGAAAGGGAUUGAAUGGACUUACAGGAAGGAUUUCAAGUAAAUUCAGGGAAACACAUUUACUUGACUAGUACUACCUUGAGUCUUAUUUUACACUAAGACGAUACAAAAGAUGUUAAAGUUAUCACCAAGCUGCCGGACAAAUAUAUAUUCCAACACCAAGGUGCAGAUCAGCAUAGAUCUGUGAUUCAGAAAUCAGGAUUUGUCUUGGAAAGAGCUCAAAGGUUGAGAAGAACUCCAGAGCAAGUGAAGAUAACUUGGGAACUACGGUUUAUCAGAAGAUCAGCUUCCGUUAAUUCAAAUACCAAAGGCCUGAUUAUCAUAAAUUCAUAUAGGAAUGCAUAGGUCAUCUGAUCACAUAAUAUUGGCCGUCUUCUGCUACAUCAAUGCAGCAAAAACUCUUAGCAACUGUGGAUAACUGGAAAUCUGAGUUUCAGCUUUCCUAGAAAUAACUACUCUUGACACAUUCCAAAAUAUUUAAAAUAGGACAGGAAAAUCAGUGAGGAUGUCGUGUUCAGAAAUGUCACUGUCAUGAAGAUAGGUUAAUUUGUUUUUACAGCUACUGGGAAAGUGUACCUCCUAGCAACUUAGAUUUCUUUUUAAGAACAAAGACAAGAAGGACUAAAAAUAUCAACUUUUGCUUUUGGACAAAAAUGCAUCUGACUGUAUUUUUACUUAGGGGUGUUGUGGGUUUCCUCUGGAGCUGCUGGGUUCUAGUGGGUUAUGCAAAAGGAGGUUUGGGAGACAAUCAUGUUCACUCCAGUUUUAUUUAUAGAAGACUACGGAACCAUGAAAGACGGGAAAUACAGAGGGAAAUUCUCUCUAUCUUGGGUUUGCCUCACAGACCUAGACCAUUUUCACCUGGAAAACAAGCAUCCUCUGCGCCUCUCUUUAUGCUGGACCUGUACAAUGCCAUGACCAAUGAAGAAAAUCCCGAAGAGUCAGAAUACUCCGUGAGGGCAUCCCUGGCAGGAGAGACCAGAGGGGCAAGAAAGGGAUACCCAGCCUCUCCCAAUGGGUAUCCUCGUCGCAUACAGUUAUCUCGAACAGCUCCUCUGACCACCCAGAGUCCUCCUCUAGCCAGCCUACAUGACACCAACUUUCUGAACGAUGCCGACAUGGUCAUGAGCUUUGUCAAUUUAGUUGAAAGAGACAAGGAUUUUUCUCACCAGCGAAGGCAUUACAAAGAAUUUCGGUUCGACCUUACUCAAAUUCCUCAUGGAGAAGCAGUGACAGCAGCUGAAUUCAGAAUAUACAAGGAUAAGAGCAACAUUCGAUUUGAAAAUGAAACAAUUAAGAUCAGUAUAUAUCAAAUCAUCAAGGAAUACACAAAUAGGGAUGCAGAUCUGUUCCUGUUAGACACAAGAAGAGUUCAAGCUUUAGAUGUGGGUUGGCUUGUCUUUGAUAUCACUGUGACCAGCAAUCAUUGGGUGAUUAAUCCACAGAACAAUUUUGGCUUACAGCUCUGUGCAGAAACAGGGGAUGGACGAAGUAUCAAUGUAAAAUCUGCUGGUCUUGUGGGAAGACAUGGGCCUCAGUCAAAACAACCAUUCAUGGUGGCCUUCUUCAAGGCCAGUGAGGUACUUCUUCGAUCAGUGAGAGCAGCCAACAAACGGAAGAAUCAAAACCGCAAUAAAUCCAGCUCUCAUCAGGACUCCUCCAGGAUGUCCAGUGCUGGAGAUUACAAUACAAGUGAACAAAAACAAGCCUGCAAGAAGCAUGAACUCUAUGUGAGUUUCCGGGAUCUGGGAUGGCAGGACUGGAUUAUAGCACCAGAAGGAUAUGCUGCAUUUUAUUGUGAUGGAGAGUGUUCUUUUCCACUUAAUGCCCACAUGAAUGCCACCAACCAUGCCAUAGUUCAGACUCUGGUUCAUCUGAUGUUUCCUGACCAUGUACCAAAGCCUUGUUGUGCUCCAACCAAAUUAAAUGCCAUCUCUGUUCUAUACUUUGAUGACAGCUCCAAUGUCAUUUUGAAAAAAUACAGAAAUAUGGUAGUACGCUCAUGUGGCUGCCACUGAUAUUAAAUAAUUAUGGCAAUAACAAAAAGAUUUGUAUUAAGGUUUAUGGCUGCAAUAAAAAGCAGACAAAAGGGGAAUUUCCUAAAAUUAGUCUGGCUCAUUUCAUCUCUCUUCUUAUGUAUAAUACCAUGUAUAUAGUCAUUUUUAUUUAUUUAAAAGUAUAUAUUCUCCUUUGUGGAUGUCUUAUCAGUUAAAUCUGCUUUAUAGGUCACUAUGUUAUACAGUGUGCUGACUCCAAUUUUUUUCUAUUUUAACAUUUUUUUCCCAUACAAUUUUUAUAUAAUUUUUGAGAUUAAACAGAACUCCUUUGACUGUUUAAUAUUGUUGAAGGAAAUUGAAUACAUCUGAUUAUAUUGUGCCAAUGAAAACUAUGAUAGGAUAUUUAUUUAGAAAUAAAACUUAAAAAAAUAACAACCCAAACAAAAAAUGCUUGGACAAACAUAAUUUUUCUUUUAUACUUUCUGCUUCAUUAGAUAAAGUUAAAUGUUGAACUGGAUUUGAAUAAAUAAACGGUAGGCAGAACAUAGAAGCUGAAAGAUUGCACAUAAUUGUUAGAACCAUUUGCUUUAACAAAAUUUGUGUAACUGUAGGAGCAUGUUUCUUCUUGGCUUGUGAACUGUAGAUUUUGCAAGGAGUUCAAAGCUUCAGGAAUUCUGUGGAGGCAGGCUUCAGCCUGUUUCCAUAACUUUCCAAGUUAACACUAAAAAAUUGUAGAACAACCUUCUUACCUCAAAUAAAUCAUGUCUGCCUAUUAUCUAGAACACUACUGCUGCAGAUUUUUUUUUUUCAGAUUUAAAAACUUAGUCCAAACUAAAGAAACAUUUACAUGUGCUCCACUUCCUUCCCUACAGACAAGAGUCACUGCACACAUAAAAUGUGCUGGGACCAAGGAUGCCGACAGAACCAUUUUCUUUAGCUCUCUUUUAUAACUGAGUUUGCUGAUUGAUGUGAUGCAAGGGAUUUUAUUUGGGGUAAAAGCACUGAAACUAAACUGAAGGAAAUUACCAAAAAUCCCAGAAUGGCUUUGACAGAAUUGCCAUUUUGAAAGAACAGCUGAAAUCCAUUUUUCAUAUCUUUGAGAAUGAGCUCAGUGAAAACCUUUUUGUAAAGAGAUUUUGUAAACCUUCCUCCAAGCACAAAUAAUUUCAAAUGGGAAGGUUAAGUUGUAUGUGUGUGUGUGGUGUGCAUGUUCUUCCCUUAGAAAUUAAUUUAUUUUCUCUGUUGAAAUGCCUUUAAAGGUCUUUCUUUAACAAACACUGAUGUUUGGAAGAAUGACCUUGAGGUGGAUAUUUUGCUACUUAUUGCGGCUCUAUGGUUAGGCUUAUUUGCAGUUCAUCUAAAAUAUUCCUAAAACACCAUUUAUUAGUCAUCCUUUGAAUCUUUCAAACAAAAGUUAUAUUAGCAAUGACUUCAGAAUCAUUCUGGGUUUGUUUGUAAUUCAGGUAUAUUACAAUAUUGUUUUAAAGUACAGUUUAUCAUAUAGAAUUAUGGUAUUAACUAUAUUGGGGGUACAUUAAGUAAUAUAUUUUUAAUUAAUAGUACCAUUGAGAGAAUAAGAAAUGGAAGUCUAUUAUUUUACUUUAAA